CCGUCUUGUCCAUUGUUCUUACAGAUUAUCAUUUUAUCCUUUUAUAUAUUGCCAUGUAGCAUAGUUUUCAUGGCCUCAUCAUCUUUGUCUGCUACUUGUAAUUCAGUUUUGCUGAAGCGUUAUUGUGGAGGAUGCGCUGCGUGCGAACUGCUACGAAAUUAGGCUUUUAUGAGGAGCGGGAUCUUGCGGGGGAGCAGUUAUUGGAUCCAUUGUUACUUGGUGUCUUGCAUUCACCAACCUUGCUUUGCAAUAACGUGUUACUGGCCCAAAAAUGGCAAAUGCCUUGUACCAUUUCUUCGAUUCUGCACCUAGCUAAUAUUCUUAAAAGUAAAUUUAUUUUAAAAUAAUAAAAUGAAGGACUUCAGCGGGCACGGAAAAGACAACAUACUAAAAGUCCAAUUCAGUUGGCGUACUCCGGGGUAAAUGGGGUUAGGCGUCACUCUGCGUUUUCGCCCUUUCCCGUCCAUGGCUUUCUAAAAGCAAAGCCUGCACGUAGUACAAAUCGAACGGCUCUAGGCUCGUGGGCCAACGCGCAUGCGCAAACUAGCGAUUCUACUACUACCUCACAUGAUCUUCAACUGCCCCCCCCCCCGCCCGGUGGAGCGCAAACUUAAGAUACGGCACGACGGAAGCGUCCGGAGAGCUGCGCGCACGCGCACUCCCCAGCGCCUCUUGUUCUUCUCUCGCCCUCGUUCCACCGGCUCCCUUUUGUGACGCUUUCGCACGCCAUUGACCCAGCCCAGGCUCCGCCCACCCCUAUAAAAGCCCGCGCGGGGGGUGGGGCGCCAUUGUGCUGCGGAGCAGGCCGCAGCCGCGAGUGUCCCGAGGCCUUUUUGUCCCGCCGGCGCCCGAUCUUCCUUUUCGGCUCUCACGCCUUCUUCCCUCUCUUUCCCCCUUUUUUUUCUCCCUUUCUAGGUCGCGGGAGAUGCCGCGCGUCUAUAUCGGCCGCCUGAGCUACCAUGUGCGGGAAAAGGACCUGCAGCGCUUCUUCAGCGGCUACGGCCGCUUGCUCGAGGUCGACUUGAAAAACGGGUGAGGCGGCGGGCGGGGAGGGUUUCUUCCUCGAGUAAGGAGGGAAGGGAGGCGCGGCGGGGGGGGGCGGGGGCUUGGGGCGCCGCUUCUUCCCCCUCGCCUCAUGCCGCGUGGCGUCGCGUUCAAAAUGGCGGCAGCCCCCAUUGUCCCGUCAGCGGAGGGAACGAGUGAAGCGGAGAGGGAGAACGGAAUGGUCCUCCUUUGACAGCGGCGCCUCAGGGACUCACGACCAGGCCGGGCCCGUUGUUGUUCGCGCGUGCCUGACGCCGACGUGCUCGUGUUUAUUAUGCCCAUAGGAAUGCCUGUGAAUAGACGUAGGCAUGUAUAUGACACGGGGACGCGCCUAUAGGGUAACUUUCCCGUCUCCCCCCCCCCCCAGGUAUGGGUUUGUGGAAUUCGAGGAUUCCCGGGACGCGGAGGACGCCGUUUACGAGCUGAACGGCAAGGACCUGUGCGGGGAGCGGGUGAUCGUGGAGCACGCCCGCGGCCCCCGCCGGGACAGGGACGGCUACAGCUACAGCAGCCGCAGUGAGUGUUGCUCCGCCGCGGCCUACUUCGGGCAGGCGCGCGGAGGCGGGAAGGGAGGACGCGGGGGAGGGAUCAGGCGGGAGGGAGGUUAGGCGGGGAGAGAAGGGGGGGUGGGUUUGGUCGGACUGGCCCCUCGGGGUGUGGGGAAAGCGGAGGGAGGGGACACGGCGGGGCUUGGGGAGGAGGGAUCGUAGGCCCCUUGUUGGGGGUGGGUGGAUUGGGCAGGGUUAUUAGGAGGGGCUUUACUGCACUUCUUCCCCUUUGGGUGCAUAGCCUAGGGAGUUUUCUGGUGGGGGUUAGGCACCCGCAGUGCCAAGCUGCACUCAAGAAGUUUAGGGUCCUUAUUUAUUAGGCUGGGGUUUCUCGGAGCAGAGGAGGGGGGCGUUUGUGGGGGGUGGGUUGUAUUAAGAACUCACUGCUCUUAAUCAGAAUGCAUUCCGUGCAGAUAUUGCAUAGCAAAUACUGCAAUUCGGAGAAAGUUUGUGCUGUGGAGGAGCUAACCUAAAACAGGCACAGCCGUCUUUAAGAAGUAUUGUCUUCAGAAGCACUUUGCUUCAUGUUCCCAAGCAUAAGUAACUGUUGGGACUUUUGAGGGUGGCAAUAGCUGACUUUCACAGAAACCGAUUAUUUCGAAUUGGAAAUAAAAUGACUACAUGCUGAUGCAAAGCCCAUUUUGUUUAGCUUUUCCUGGAAAGGAUCUGGGAUGCGUCAGACUUAUUUAUAUAAUGGUUAAGAGCAGUAAGGCAGUCAAAUAUCUUUUCUAAUGGGUUGUUGCUGGUGGGGGUGGGAUUUCUUGCAAAUGUGUAUGUUUGUUUUUAAAGUUGUUGCAUGUUCAAUUCAAACUUUUUAACAAGUCCUUGAUGUUUCAAUUUAAAAGUGACCAGUGGGGCUGAGGCUGUGUCCACUGAGGCUAAGAUGACUGCCUUUCCUGAUUGGCCAUGGCUUUUCCAUACAUUGUGUGACCCUUGCCCUAUGACCCUUUGGCUGACCUUACCGGAAGCCAUGACGACAGCAGCCUUUUGCCAUUAGACGCAGGGUGAUGGUGAGGAUUCCAAGGGUUAGACAAAACUGGUUAAACUGAACUAGGUGACUGUUACCUUGCGUGUGUUGUGGCCAAACCACCACCAAAUACCUCAUACUGUGAUGUAAGUACUUAGUGUAAUCUAGUAAUCGUUUUUGUAAAAUGUAGAAAUGCAUGUAAUCAGUUAAGUUUUAUAUUUUACAAUGUUCUGUAAAAUAAAACUUAGCAAGGUAAAUCUAAUAAGGAGCAGUCACUCUCUAACAGAGUUUAGGAGCACAGUCUUGUAGGAUUUUAGUCUUUGAUUUGCCCUUAAUAUAUAAAAUGUGGCGAAUUAAAAAUUUUGUUGCAGGAUUAGAAAGAUAAAGUCCUACUCCUGUAAAUGCAAUUUGUGAACUAAAGUAAACUAACUUUUCAUUGCUUUUAUACAAGGUUGCUAACUUUGUAUCUUUGUAUGAUAAAGGUGGAGGAGGAUAUAGCAGUCGAAGAGCAUCAGGAAGAGAUAAAUAUGGACCACCUGUUCGCACAGAAUACAGAUUAAUUGUUGAAAACCUUUCCAGUCGCUGUAGUUGGCAGGAUUUGAAAGUACGUUGACACAAUAAUCUUUUCUUUUUAAAGCAAGUUAUCAGAUAGCUCUUUGAAUCUCAUAAACUUUAAAGAAUGCCAGUUCACUUUGAAAAGUAUGUGUAUUGAGUUUGCUGAACUUUGUGAGUUAUUUUUUCCUGAAGCUGGUGUAGUGCCCUUCCUAUGUUUGUGGAGAGACUUAAUAAUUCAAUUUUCUCUUUCAGGAUUUUAUGAGGCAGGCUGGUGAGGUAACGUAUGCGGAUGCUCACAAAGAACGCACAAAUGAAGGAGUAAUUGAAUUCCGUUCUUACUCUGACAUGAAGCGUGCUCUGGACAAAUUGGAUGGUACAGAGAUAAAUGGACGAAAGAUCAGGCUGGUUGAAGACAAGCCACGGUCAAGCCAUAGAAGAUCUUAUUCUGGCAGUAGAUCAAGGUAUCUUUGGUGCUGAUGUGGUUUGUAAGAUUUUCUGCGUAUGACUUAAAUCCGGAAAUGGGGAUAUGCAGCAGUUAUUUCCCUGAAUAGAGAAGAAUACACCUUGCAGUGUUGGGUAACAGGGGUCCCCACUUCAGAUGUUAUACUAAAGUUAGCUGGCUGUACUAAUAAUGUGCACAAUAAAUUUGUGGGAACUUCAGGACAUAUUGAACUCUGGAUUGGGACUUCUGUAUGUGCAAUUAAAUUCCGCUUUUGUCCCCAGCACGUCCUUCUCAGCAGAUUUGGGGGGGGGGGGGAGAAGAAAAAGAAGUCCUGUUGUGCCAGUGGUGCAUGGUGCCCAAAUAACUGCUGUGUUUCUUUUUUAGGUCCCGUUCCAGAAGGAGAUCACGUAGUAGAAGUCGUAGGAGCAGCCGCAGUAGAUCCCGUAGUGCCUCAAAAAGCCGAUCUCGGUGAGAAUUUGAAUUUAUCUGUCUGUCUUGCCAACAAUGCAUUAGGAGGUGUGUCCGAUAGAAAUAUUCUCCUAGCUUAAGUGCACACACUGUGCAUUGGUAUUUAAAUUACUAUGCAUCCAAACAAAUGGGCUUCUGUGUGUAGACUUGCAAUAAGUAAAUAACUUUUGUUCUUUUGAAAAGCUCUAAAUCUAGGUCUCGAAGCAAAGAUCGUUCACGGUCCAGAUCUAAAAGUAGAAAGUCAAGAUCAAAGAGCAAGUCUAAGAUGAAAUCUGACAGGGGUUCACAAUCCCGCAGCAGAUCCAAAGAGAAGUCUGAGAAGUCUCGCAGCAGAUCCAGGUCUGUGUCUCGAUCGCCAAAAGAAAAUGGUAAAGGAGAAGCAAAGUCUAAAUCAAGGUCAAGGAGCAGAUCUCGUUCCAAUUCGCCAAUGCAGGAUGAACCAGCAAAGGCACGGUCAGAAUCCCCACCCAAGAGGAAUGAAUCGCGAUCCCGGUCACGAUCACAUUCAAAAUCCCGCUCACGUUCACGAUCCAGUUCACAAGAUUAAUACUGGAACUCAUUUCCCUUUUCACAUGAUUAUGGAACAUUUGUAUUCCAGGCCAGAGGUCUUUUUUAUGUUAGUAUUGGCGAAGUUGGCCUGCUUAGUUGCAGAAAGAAGCAGUCUGAAAACCACAUAAACGAGGCGCAAAAGUUUGAAAUAUCUAAAACUUUUUGUGAAAGUGGCAAAGAGCAGGAAAAGAUUAUCUUUUUGUAGAAAUUAGGGCAAAUGCUUGAUUAUUAUUUUUUAAUAGUGCCCCAUCAGAAAUCUGGGGAGUGGAAAAUGAGUUUUAUAUAAAAUCUUUUGAGUGCAGAAGGUUUUUGGAAAGGUAACUAUUCAUAAAUGUUUCCGUUAUUUAAAAUUACUGGAAUUAAUAGGCUAUGGCUUGCUUCUAAAAGUGCAUGAGAGCCUUAGUGAACAGGUCAGAGAUGCUUAUAAAGCUGAUAAGCCAACUAUGAGUUUGAAUUGGAACACUUCUUCUGUGUUGUACCCAAACUUGCCAGAAGUUACUUCCUUGCUCCUUUGUCACCAUCUUGAGGCAGUAUUGACAACCUAAUAAAAAUGAUCCUCUCUAACUUCGCAUGCUGCAGUUUUGCCUAACAAAAUAAAGCUAACAUCAAGUGAAAUUCAAGGUACCACAUUACUUUUUAGUUGCCAAGUUCUUUGGUUGGUUGUUUUGUUGUCUUAACUGCUGCCACAUUCUGCAUCUCAGUUAUAAGAGGUUGCUAACUUCCCAUGAAAUUGAUGGCACUUGAUGAAACUUCUUGUACUGAACUUAAGUUCUAGUGUUAAUGGGUAGUCAAGAACUAGAUUUCCCAUUAUGAUUUGUGCAGCUGGAUGAGAAAUAAAAUCAGUUCCCCUAAUGUUUGUAGCAAACCAGUUAGCAACAAUAACAGAAUAUUAGCACAGCCGUGUAACCUUUAUACAAUGUGUAGUUUGACUUGUAUAAAAUUAAAUCAUUGACUCCAGUGUUUGUAGCAUAGCUUUAUUUGCUAGAUGGUGUUAUAGAGUAGUCUAACCUUAGCUUUGGGUAUGCGAGUAAAGGAAAUUGGAAAUGGCCUGUGAUGUUGGUCUAUUACAAAUGUUAUCACAAAUGAUUUAAUACUAUUUGAAAUGGGAAACAGAUUCCUCUUUUUACUUAGAUUGUUUAUCAAACUUUAUGCUUUUUUUUUUUUUUUUUUUUUGGUAAACGCAUAACAAUGUCUACUCUUUAGCUGCCAUUUAGCAGCAAUCCAAGCCCUGAAAACUGAAAUAGUUCAGGUUAGUACAAGUUUCACUAGCCCCACAGCUCCCCUGAUGAUGCUUAACAAUCAUGCGAGAAACUGGUCAGCCCCUCCUCUUUACUUCAGCUCUAGUGAUAAGCUGAUACAUUUUCAGGGACCUUAUUCUCUAGAAUCAUUUGUAUUUUUCUGACCUAUAAUGAGAGCACUAUAAUGAGAGCUCCAUAAGGUUGAUUUUCUUUGUGCUUAUGAAGUUAUUUUGUAUUUUGCGGGGAAUAAGCAUGUUCAGAGGUGGUGUACAUGGCCAAAGAAUACAAUACAUCAAAAAUGCAGCCCUAAAAUUAGAAACUGAAGCAAUGCAGCAUACCAUUUAGAUGGCAUAACGAAAUACCUGUUGAAAUACAGUAUUCAGCAUAAGCUUCAAGCAGGAAAAAAGGGGCCAAUUAGGCCAUAAGCUAGAAUUUAAUUGUUCCUUCUCUUAAAUUAAUGUGGAAGAAGGUCUUAAUAGCCCCGAUAAUUCAGUUGGUCUAGAAUGCUGCACCCAGAGGUAGGUGUGUGGCUAGGACUCCAGAUUAUUCUUUGCCAGUUUUUAUAGGUUCAGUUUAAGGUGCCAAUUGCAGACCAUGACUGAAAUUGUUCAGAAUAAAUAGACUUUUAACUAGUGUGGAUCAUUGUUCAACAACUAUGUUAGGAUUGUCACAUAGGAAACCUUACUUGCUGAAAAGCAAAACUGGGUACAUAAAAGCAAAUAGAUUCAAGCAGUUUAUAUGUAUUUUGCCAGGACAUCUGAAUGUUUUCAGUCGGAGGAAUUACUUUCUGAUCAGCACCUGUAAGGAAAUAACCCUUACCAUAGCUACAGAUAUGUCUUUACAACUGCCAUAGAUUCAUAGUUGUGAAGUCUUAAAAUGUGAGUUGCAAUAAAAGCUUGCAUUGGCAAAGCUCUCAUCUGUUCACCUCCAGUGCAAAAAUACACAUAUAAAAUACUUUUUUCUCCACAG